AUACAUUUGUUAUUUAAUUUUAAUAUUAUAUAUACAUUUAUGUAUUAUUUUUUAACUUUUUAUUAUUUAGCGUCAUGAAAGCUAGAUACCUUGUAUUUUUCUCCUAUAUAGGAACAAAGUUUAGGUCCGCCGAAAAGUUAUGGUUUAAGGGUGACAAAAAUUACCCUGACCCAGAAAGUAUACAGGGCUUAAUUGAAAUAGGUCUGUUAAAACUGAAAUCUAUAAAUUAUCCUAGCCUUUUUUUAUCUAGCCGAUGGAGGGGUACAUGCGAUAAAUACGAGUGCACAUUUUGAUUUAGAAAGAUGUGGCACAAGAAUAUAUGAACCAGAAAAUAUUGUAUAUGAAUUGAACAAAUUCUUACACAAGAAUGAGACAAGUAUUUAUAUAAAGAAAUGCUUGAGAGUCUCAGACAGUUUUAGUGCUAGAUUUAAUGCAGUUUCAAGGACAUAUUUGUACAGAUUAGCAGUAUUAAAAAGAGAUGUUACCCUUCCACAAACUGCUAUAAUUGCAUCCUAUAUACCUAUAGAAGAAUGGAAGAAGUGUCAUUUUAUGAGGAACUUGGGUUUUGAUAUAGACAGGUUUAAAGAAGGUGCCAACUAUUUUGUCGGCUACCACGACUUCACUACAUUUAAAAAAUUCGAUAAGUUGAAUGAGAAGAAACAUAACCGCAGAGUAAUACAAUCCAUCGAGGUUCGUCCUGGACGGCCAAUGGUCACGAGCUACACCAGUUCACAAGAUGGCGUGUUCGAUUAUUGGGAUAUUGAAAUCAAAGGGAAGGCCUUUGUUCAUAACCAAAUUCGUCGAAUGAUGGGUACGUUGAUAAGUGUUGCCGUGGGAAAAAUACCCCCAGAGGAAGUAAAAGUAAUGCUUCAAGUUCCAUCAAAACAUUCAUGGCAUAGCUUUAUACAAAACUGUCCCCCAGAUGGACUGUACCUUUGCAAUGUAGAAUACAAUCCUGAAGAUUUAGUCUAUAAUAACGAAAAAUCAUUACCUCAGGAAGAGGCGAUAGAAGAAAGUGACAGAGAUUAAAAAUGAGUUUCUUAAAUGAAUUAAAGAAGCAGAAAGAGAAACUGAAAGAGACUGAAACCGUAGUGACGAAUGUUGACGGUAAAAGAUAUAUUGAAGGUAGACAACAAAGUGUUACAGUGCUUCCGACUCAGUAUGGCUUCAUAGUGGACACCAAACCAGAUGAUGUGCCAGUUCUAAUUGUAGAUUAUUUGUACAUAGGUUCGCAAGAUUGUGCUACAGAUAAAAUAUUAGAAAGUUACAAUAUUACAAAUGUACUUAGCUUAGGCAUAACUGUGAAUUUAACCAAUGUUAAGCAUAAAUUUGUUCAAUGUUUAGAUUUACCAGAGACAGAUAUAGAGCCAGUGCUAAUAGAGAGUUUGCCUUUUAUUCAUGUCGCGGUGACUAACAAAGAAAAUAUAUUGAUACACUGUAAUGCCGGUGUUUCGCGAACGUCUAUGGUUGCGAUUGCGUACUUGCAGUCUAUGGGAAUAGAUUACGAAGAAGCUUAUAAUUUAGUGAAAACAAAAAGGCCCGCUAUUCAACCGAAUGCUGGUUUUAAAAAACAAUUAAAAGGUAUGAACAUCAGUGGUAUAAUUCAAAAAUACUGUUAGGUAUGUGUGGUUCAUAAAUUGUAAUGGAAAAUACAAAAAAUAAACUUUAGACAUUGUGUUG